ACAGUUCACGGAGGAUACAUAUACCAACGAACUUUACAGUAGUAUUGAUAACGACUUCAGCAUCGUGUGUUUAUUAUUAAUCGUUUAAGAAACCGAGUAGAACGUAACCUUUUGUAACUGUUUUUGAUUCGAAAAUGAGAAAAACAAAAAUACCCCAGACACACAAAUAUAUAACACCAUGGGAAUUACUACAUAAAAGUGCUUCUGAUUACAUCGUUUCAAAACAAACAGAAAAAUGGCCAAUGAAGGCUCCCUUGAUUGAUAGUGCUCCUGCUACUACACUUUUAUCUUUUAUUCAUGCUUCGUGUGAUGCUCAAAGUGUUAGUGAAGAUCCACGUCAUGAUUUGAAGGAGCAAGCAGCAGAUUUGCAGAAGUUUUUGGGCGAAAUUAUUCAUAGCAGUGAGCAGCUGAAGAAAUCUAUUAUUGCAAGUGAAAAGUUAAUAACUCUAAGUGAAAAUGAACGUGAAAGAUUGAAACGAAAGUUAUCUGCAUUUGAUCCAACGAGAAGAUAUCAUGGUAUUGAAGAGACUCAAGCUGCUGUUGACCAACUGGAUUCUGUUGCACAAUCAAUGGAAAAGCAGUUGCAGUCUUUGUCCAUCUAUGAGGAAUUCCUAAAAAAGGUUGUGCACAGUGAUUCUAUGUUUAAGAAAGCAAAUACAUCAUUCAAGAACCAGGAUGAUAUAAUACUGCGCUACAUGGUGCUACUCGAUGCACAGAAGCAUGCUGCGGAAAGAGCUAACUUGUUAGAUUGUGAUGCAGAUGGUGCCCGUGCAACAAUGGAAAACCUACAUCAAAAUCAUGCAGCAAAGCUCACUGGAUUGCGAACAAUUUGGGCCAAUCUUCAAGAAAAGAGCAAUGCUACCAAAGCAGAUGUCUCAUUUUGGGAGGGGAACCUUGCAAUAGCACUGAAAACAACACUGUCUUGCAAUACAGAUACUGAAAGGGUGAAACAAGCAAUCAAAGACCUGUAUGAAAAAAUGUGUGCACAAGAAGAUAUUGAAGAAACAGAUAAAAUUGUAGCUUCUGAGGAAAACCAGGACAAAUUUGAGCCAGAAUAUUAUGAAAAACUGCUCACAGAAAUAAAGGCUGCUAUUAAGAGAGUAGAAAGAGUUUUGAAAAUCAGCCUCAGUGAAGCACAAUCUGCAGGUUUGAAUGUUAUAGCUUGAUACUCUUUCUUUUUUUUUUUUUUUAGCCCUGUGCCUAAAUUACGUAUGCCAAGCAGGUUCUAUGGUAACCAAACAAAAUUUAUUAACUAAGAAGAUGUACAUUUAAUAUUAUUUUACUGAAAUAAAACAGUGCUAUCAAGACUUAAU